AUGCCGCCUCGUCGCUCAUCUCGGCAGUCGGCUGCGCCCACCCCGAGCAAAGAUUUCAUUGUGAUCUCUUCUGAUGACGAAAAGGGCAUCUUUAUUCAGCCAGAAACACCUGUUCUGAAACGCCUAACUCGAGGUCGCGCUCCAAGUUCCAUUGCUGCUUCGUCUGUUGACACUCCAAGCACGGCACGAUCGUCCCGCACCAACUCGACCUUCACCUCUGGCAGUCACACUCCCGCCACUUCAGUUGAAGACGGCGGCGACAAUGAUGACAACCUCAAGAAUCCGUUCGAUGUCGCCGCUGAGGCUCAGGCUCUGCAGUCUGGUCGCCCUGCCUCAGCUACGCGCAGUACUAGGGCUAGCCGGUCUGCCUCAUUCAAGAGCGGCAGCGCGAUCAAAGCUGAAGCCUACCCUGCCACUCUGUCAACUCCGAGCGACUCGCGCAAACGAAAACAGUCCGAUGCCGCCAGCACCACUUCCAAGGCACCAAAGGUCGAACCGAAAGAAUCGACGCUUACUCGACGAUCUUCGGCUCGUGGUCGGGCAUCUUCGAACACUGCUUUGAAGACCUACGACGAUGCUGCCCUCGACGCCUUGCUGGACGAGGAGCUUGGACCUUGGUCCCCUGCGACCCAGACGCAGGUGGGCAGCAAGCCUAGUGCCAAAGGCAAAGGUAAAGGUAAAGCAAAGCUAGAGGAAGAUAGCGAUGACGUGCUCGACGAUGUCAAUCUGACACCUCGCUCGCGUCGUCAGCCUCGUCGCAGCGCCGCGCCCGCCUCCAAGCCGCUCAAGACCGACGUGGCCGAGUCGGAUGAGCUCGACGAUCUUGACUUUGACUUCGAAGGCGAGUCCGAUGCCUCAUUCGAUAACAUCAGCAGCGACGAAGAGCCUUUGUCCAUGAAGCGCAAGGCAAACAGGCCCCGUCCAUCUGCUGCUGAAGCCGGUCCAAGCACGUUUGCUACCCUAGAGGACAUGCGAUUCGACUCGGACCCCGAUGCAACCAACGACGACAACAACUUUGAGCCGCAAAACACCACCGGCAACUACUAUGCCGAAGACACCCAAUACGAGACAGCCAGGCAGCGCAAAGCACGACUCCGCAGCGAGAAACACCAGGCUCGUCUUAAGAAGAAGGACCUUCGCACUCAGUACGACAAGAACUUUCAGGCGCUCAUCAAGCACCAUCCCAAGCUCGAAACAGUUUGGGAGGACCUGCAAAAGACUGUUGCCGUUAUUAAGCCUGAAGAGGCUGAGCAGCCACCUGGCCUUAAUAUCAAGCUUCUGCCUUUCCAGCGUGAAGGUCUUUACUGGAUGACACGACAGGAACAAGGCACUUGGAAAGGUGGUAUGCUUGCCGAUGAGAUGGGUAUGGGAAAGACCAUCCAAAUGAUCAGUCUCAUGCUUUCUGAUCGCAAGAAGCCUUGUCUCGUAGUUGCCCCUACCGUCGCCAUCAUGCAGUGGCGCAACGAGAUCGAAGCAUACACCCAGCCUAAGCUCAAGGUGCUCAUAUGGCACGGAGCCAAUCGCACGCAGAACCUCAAGGAGCUCAAGGCAGCCGAUGUCGUGCUCACCAGUUACGCUGUGCUCGAGAGCAGCUUCCGUAAGCAGGAGUCGGGUUUCCGCCGCAAGAACGAGAUCUUGAAGGAGAAGUCGGCUUUGCACGCCGUCCACUGGCGCCGCAUCAUCCUCGACGAAGCGCACAACAUCAAGGAGCGUUCCACCAACACGGCUAAAGGCGCUUUCGCUCUGCAGGGAGACUUCCGAUGGUGUCUCAGUGGUACACCGCUGCAGAACCGUGUUGGUGAACUGUACUCGAUGAUCCGCUUCUUGGGUGGUGAUCCGUUCGCCUACUACUUCUGCAAGAAGUGUCCUUGCAAGUCGUUGCACUGGGCGUUCAGUGACAAGCGCAACUGUGACAUGUGUGGCCACACACCCAUGCACCAUACCUGCUACUGGAACAAUGAGAUUCUGAAGCCUAUCCAGCGCAGUGGUGCCCAGCAUGGCGAAGGCCGAGAUGCGUUCCGCCGUCUGCGCAUUCUGCUUGAGCGCAUGAUGCUCAGGCGAACCAAGCUCGAGCGUGCCGAUGACAUGGGUCUGCCGCCUCGAACUAUCGAGGUGCGACGUGACCUGUUCAAUGAAGAGGAGGAGGAUCUCUACACUUCAUUGUACACCGACACGACUCGAAAGUUCAGCACUUACCUUGACCAGGGUACGGUGCUCAACAACUACUCGAACAUUUUCACGCUGCUUACGCGAAUGAGGCAGCUUGCCAACCAUCCUGAUUUGGUGCUCCGAUCCAAGACGGGUGUUGUCUCGAAGUUGCUCGGUGAUGCACACAGCGAGAUUCAUGUCUGCAGGAUUUGCACGGAUGAAGCGGAAGAUGCGAUCAUGUCGCGAUGCAAGCACAUCUUCUGCCGAGAGUGCGUUCGCCAGUAUCUCGACUCCGAGAUUGUGCCCGGCAUGGUUCCGGAUUGUCCCUACUGCCACGCCACACUCUCGAUCGACCUGGAAGCCGAGGCGCUCGAGCCUCCUCAGAGCUCAAUCCGAAUGAACGACUCAGGUCGCCAGGGUAUCCUUGCACGACUUGACAUGGACAAAUGGCGAUCGAGCACCAAGAUCGAAGCUCUCGUCGAGGAGCUGACGCAGCUGAGAAGCGAGGACAAGACGAUCAAGUCGCUCGUCUUCUCGCAGUUUGUCAACUUCUUGGAUCUCAUCGCGUUCCGACUGCAACGUGCCGGAUUCCACAUCUGCCGGCUGGAAGGUAACAUGUCACCUGAAGCACGCAACCGUACCAUCAAGCACUUUAUGGAAAAUCCGAAUGUCACCGUCUUCUUGGUCUCCCUCAAGGCUGGUGGUGUUGCGCUCAACCUGACCGAAGCGUCGCGAGUCUAUUUGAUGGAUCCGUGGUGGAAUCCAUCGGUUGAGGUGCAGGCGAUGGACCGUAUCCAUCGUCUUGGUCAGCAUCGACCCAUUGUCGUCAAGCGAAUGGUGAUUGAGAACAGUAUCGAGUCUCGUAUUAUCGAGCUUCAGAACAAGAAGAGCGCCAUGAUCGAGGCAGCCAUUGGCAAGGACGAUGGCGCCAUGGGUCGUCUCAGUGUUUCCGACUUGCGCUUUUUGUUCACGCUUUAA